UAUAAAUUCAAGAGGGCUGUUAACGUAUUAAGUUGUAUAAAAGUAUUAUAGUAACUUUUAUUAUACUAACUUUUAAAGUAUUAUAGUAACUUUUAUUAUUUUUACUUUUAAAAAACAUGUCCAACAGCAGCAUAAUGAGUGUAAGAGAAAUGAUCGACUCUGCGUUUGGCGAACGCGAGACUAAUACCAUACACUUCAAACUUAUUCAAACGAUUUUAUUUAUUCUUGCAAGACAAUUAAGAUUGCUCGAGAGACGCGUGAGCUUGGUUGCACCGAUACUAGUUCCAUCGGAAUCUAGCUUGUCUAUAAGAGAAGUAAAAAUAAAAGCCAACGUUAAAAAGAAGAAGAGAAUCCAAUCACCAUCUGGAAAAGGAAACGUUAAAAAAGUUUUAUUGAAAUCAUCAUCUACCAAAACUCAGCCUUCUGCAGUAAAAAGUAUUAGUGGACAAUCGACAACUUCAAAAAUGCCUACUUCAUCAACUAAACUAUCCUCAGAACUGACUACUACAUCGUCUGCUAAAACGUCUUCGGAUCCCACUAAGACUUCUUCCAGUAAAACGACUUCAGAUCCCACGAAAACUUCUACAAGCAAAACUACUUCUGAACCCACAGAGUCAUCAUCCAGUAAAACGACUUCAGAUCCCACGAAAACUUCUUCAAGUAAAACCACGUCUGAUCCCACGCAGUCAUCGUCAAGUAAAUCUACCUCUGACCCUACCAAGACUUCAUCUAGCAAAACAACUUCGGAUCCAACGCAGUCAUUAUCGAGCAAAACUAGUUCUGAUCCCACUAAAACUUCAUCUGAUAAAACUACCUCAGAUCCAACUCAAUCCUCAUCAAGCAAGACUACUUCUGAUCCAACUCAGUCUUCAUCAAGCAAAACCACUUCCGAUCCAACUCAGACGUCAUCAAGCAAAACCACUUCCGAUCCAACUCAGACCUCAUCAAGCAAAACCACUUCAGACCCUACUAAAACCACAACAUCUACUAAAAGUAGUACAGAGCCAUCUUCUUCUUUAAAGACGUCUACGGAAAAAUCAUCUUCGUCUAGAACCAAAUCAACUUCAAAGUCUACCUCAAGUGAAGAUAAAAGAAAGAAGGAUUUAUUCAACAUGCUGCAAACCAUUGAAGAACAAAGAGAACGAGAGAUUAGAAUUAUACACCAGAGAGCUGAUUCACACGAAGAAGACAUCAAAACCCCUGUCCCAAUGGCUUCCUUAGAUACAAUGGAAGUUCAAUAUGAAAAACUAUUAGUUGUUGAACGUGUACCUUCGGAUGAAUCCAAAGCUAGAGGAAGAGGAAGGCAAAGAAAAUCGUCUGAAAUUUCUGUAGUAACUCAAGGGCAGUUCGAAGAAUUAGCUACAGCUGUGCGCGAGAUCCAACAUAAAUUUGGCGCUACGGGAAAAGCUGAGUUUCUUGAAAAUGCCGAACUCAUGCAAGAGCUAAGACGUGGGGCUUCUUUAACUGAUGCAAUGGCUGCUCUCCAACUAUCAGCGCGUUUAGAAGCUGCAGAGAAAACUCUCCAGUACAUGAUUUCACUAGUUACUGAUUUAGCGGCAAGAAAAGGAGUCAACUUAGAUUUUAUCGAUGACCAGAUGCUAGAAACACAAACUAAGCAAGUGUCUGAAAAACCGUCACGUACAACAAAAUCUUCGAAAUCAUCUAAAUCUUCUAAAUCUGGAAAAUCUCGAGAAACAUCGACGCGGCCAUCGAUGGUUAUGAUAUCAACUACAACGAUGCCUUUACCAGAAUCUACAGUAGAUGAACAAGAAGUAAUACCUCCAAGAUCUGCAGAAGAAGCAAUAGAAAUUGAAUUAAAACAGUCCAAGUUAAAACAAAAUUUAAUAACGUCUGAAGAUCUAGAAAAUGCAUUGAAAGAGUUGACUGAUGGAAUUUUAAAGGCUGUGGGUAAUAUUACAACUAAAACUGUAUCAAAUGCUGAGCAAGCUUAUAAAACUGCAAGCAAAAUAGAAGGAAAAUUAAAUAAAGCUCUAGACCUUGGAGAUCGUAUGGAUGAAUUAGAAUCAAUUGUAUCAAAAUAUGUAGAACAAAUCAACAUCAUGGAUACUAACCUCUCAUCACAAAUGACGAACUACCAAGAGCAAUUAACCCAAAUGCAGCAUGAUCUAGAAUCAGGACUGGAAACUAUGGCCGAAUCUAUGGCUAACUCCGGUGGCGAUACAGUGGCCGUUGCUGAGUUAAAUGCCCAUUUCACUGAUUUACAAGUUGACUUCGAUAGCACUCACACGAAGCAAAAAGAGUUGCAAGAAUAUCAGGACUCUAUAGCUUUCGAUUUACAAGGCUUGUUAAAGCAAAUAGAGAUGCUUCGUGAAACAAAAUCGGAUCGAGAUGAAGUUGCUGAUGCACUUCGUGAUAAAGCUGGCCUCGGGGCUUUGAAUGGUCUUGUAACUCUACAACAAUUUAACGCUGUGCGUGGAGACUUUGAAAAACGAAUUGGUUCAGCUUACGAUAAAUUCAAUAAUCAAGAGAUUAUUUGGCAAAAAGCCAUAGACGAUUUGCUUCGUGAGCUUCACGAAAAAGCUGAUAUAGUCCAAGUAAUGAGUUUACGCGAUGACAUACAGAAUAACUUAGACAAACUUGGAAAUAGAAUUCGUUCGAUGUUGGACAUUGUAGGAGAACCGCGAUCGGCUGCAGUAUCUAGAAAACUGUUUCGUGAUUCAAACUGUUUAUCUUGUUCCACCCCAGCUAAUAUGAAUAUUGAGGAAGUGAACAAAAUACCUAUACUUCCUGGAUUUAAAACAUCUAAACGGCCUCCUACGAUCGGUGCUGAAGGCGAAUCAAAACCAAAGGAAAGCGGAGACUAUAUUUGCUAUCCUGGUCAACCAAUACGCCACCCGAUAGAUGAAAGGGCUCAUAUCUGCCGUCGUUACUGCGGAGGAUCUCAUACAAUGGUUCCCUCUUCUACGUUACCUAGAGGACCAACAGGAAUGAUAAUAACUAAUAUGCCCCAUAGUACAUCUACAGCACUAGGAACUGAUGGAAAGGUGUAUCAAGUUGAUGAAAAUGUGCAGAAACCUUGCAUUCCUUGUAACAAACCAAAGAGCUACAUGAAAAUGCCCGAACCAUCAGAGGCCGACACAGCACCGCGUGAGGGAUCCGAUAUGCUACCGUGGGAUUAUCAACAAUUUGCUCAAACAGAAGGGAAUAUCGAUGUUACACCUCCACCACCAUCGGAAGGUUUUGAUUAAAUUUAUUGAAUAUC